ACAUUAUUUAUUAGAAAACAUUGUUUUAUGAUUUGUUUGAUCCCAUAAUAUCUUUUUGUGGGGGAAGCUGUGUGUCUUCCACCCAUUUUGACGGAUCAAAAUGUCGACGAGCACAUGGACCACAACCACAUCAGCGACGGGAUUGCCUACACUUGAACCCGAGCCCUCCAGAAAGCGUAGCACUAGCUUUAGAAACUUAGCUCAAAGUCCAGUAAAUGUUACCGCACCGCCACUGCCCAGUAUGGCCUGUUUGCCAAUGCCUUUUAAAGGGAGAUCCUACUCGACAACCGCCCUUCCCAUCGGUACAUUAGCCGCACUCCAACAUAGAUAUGAAAUUCGUGAGCGAAGCGAUCAAAAGAAAUUCUAUCCGAAACUUAAUCUAACCGCAGAUUAUGACAACAAAAACGAAUGGAUGAGUGAUAACAAUACAACACCUGAUGAGAGCACUAGUAGUAAAACAAUCAAAAAUCAGGUGUCGAUUAAAAGUGCCGUAAAUGAUAGUAAGCCAGUCGUCAGUAAAGAUGACAAUAAUUAUCACAUAACUCAAUGCAUUCUUUGCGGAAACCAAAUAAAGAGUCAUUCCUUAACCGAUAAGUCACCAGUGCUUCAGCCAAAUUGGCCACUCUGUGAGCCGCCACCACUUGAUCCACUGCUAGACAAUCAGGACCAAUACCUCAUAGAUACUGUUACUUAUAAUUUAAACGAUUUGGCAACUGAUCCCCUAUUAUGUCGUAUUCAAGAAUGGGAUUAUCCUAUAUUUGAAUUACUGAACAAAACAGGUGACUCUAUACUAAGCAAAAUGACAUAUCAUGUCUUUCUUGAGGCCGGUCUACUCGAGGCUUUCAAAAUACCAAACCAUGAAUUUCUCAGCUAUUUUAGAGCUCUUGAAAAAGGAUAUCGAAAUAAGCCGUAUCACAACCAAAUGCAUGCGGCAGAUGUACUUCAGGGGGUCUAUUAUCUGACAUCACAGCCGAUCCCAGGGUUUGCACAAAUACCUGCCGAUUCUACCGAUUCUCCAUUACAUAAGACAUCAAUCGGUCCAUUGCCUCAAAGUUAUGUUAAACACAUAACUGUUUGCGAGGAAACCUAUGGCAUAAUAGGAGCUAAUUAUCCGGCUCUGGAGCUAAUGGCACUGUACACGGCAUCAUCAAUGCAUGACUUCGAUCACCCGGGGAGGACUAAUGCCUUCCUUGUGGCUACUUAUGCGCCACAAGCAAUUCUCUAUAACGAUAGGUCGGUGCUGGAGAACCAUCACGCGGCCGCCGCCUGGAGUUUAUUCAUGUCUAAACCGGAAUAUAAUUGGCUCCGAAGUCUCGAUAGGGCAGAGUUUAAAAGGUUUAGGUUUCUGGUCAUUGAAUUUAUUUUAGCCACGGAUUUGAAGAGACAUUUCGAAAUUGUGGCCGAAUUUAAUGCUAAAGUCAAUGACGACGACUCGACAGGCAUUGACUGGUUUUCAGAGGCCGAUAGACUACUAAUAAUGGAAAUGGUAAUCAAAUUGGCCGAUAUUAACGGUCCGAUGAAAACAUUUGAAAUUCAUCAACAAUGGACACAACGAAUAGCCGAUGAAUUCUAUGAACAGGGAGAUGAAGAACUACGACUCGGUCUUCCUGUAUCACCAUUUAUGGACCGAAAGAAUCCACAAUUGGCUAAACUUCAGGAAUCAUUUAUUAUCAAUUUGGUGGGACCACUAUGUAAUGCAUAUGAAGAGGCGGGCCUUUUGCCCGGUGUUUGGGAAUAUCAAGACUCUAACUCAGGUGAUAAAAAUAUUUCUGAAGACGAAACAAUUAGUGAUAGUGAGCUCAAUACUAUUACCAUUAAAUCAGAUAACUACAGCAAAGCUCGGAUACGAAAAGUCAGUUGUUUACAGACAACACAUCUUCAAGAAAAUUAUAAGUUUUGGUUGAAUAUCAUGAAAGAGAAGAAAAAUUCGUUACAAACUUCUCCUAAUAUAAGUAGCGAUGACUCGACGACACCAGUUCUCACUCAACUGGCUUUAGAAGAGAUCACCGAAGCUGAAGAAAAUCAAAGCCAAGGAAGCAGUAGUUAUAGUAAUGAAGCGGAUAAUAGUCUAGUAUUUGAUACAAACACAUGA